GGUGCCCUCUCACACCCCUCGUGUUUCCCCCUGCAGCUCCUGAUCGCUCACCGGAGAAGAACCAGCUGCUGCUUCUACCCCCGCGCCUGGCCCAGCCUCAGGAGCUCGGACUGGUGGGAGCGGGUGGUCCUGAAGGAGUUUGGGCCCCAGGACUGGCUGGAGAAGUUCCGGAUGUCCAAGGAGACCUUCUUCUACAUCUGCAACCAGCUGCGGCCCGGGCUGGCCCCGCACAGCGCCCACUUCCACCCCACCCUGCCCCUGGAGAAGAGGGUGGCCGUGGCCCUGUGGCACCUGGCCACCAACGUGGGCUACCAGACCCUGAGCCCGCUCUUCGGCGUGGGGCCCUCCACAGUGCAGAGCUGCGUGAGGGAGGUGAGCUACGCCGUGGUGCUGCUGCUGAAGCCGCUCUACCUGCGGCUGCCCGGCGAGAAGGAGCUGGAGAACAUGGUGCGGAUCUUCCGCGCGCGCUGGGGCUUCCCCCACUGCAUCGGGGCGCUGGACAGCCUGCACAUCCCCAUCCACCCGCCCCUGCGCCUCGCCAGCGACUACUGCAACGGCCAGGGCUGGCACUCCAUCCUCACGCAGGCCACCGUGGACGGGCUGGGGCAGUUCUGGGACGUGUCCACCGCCUUCCCGGGCAGCAUGGAGAACAGCGCCGUGCUGGAGAGCUCCAGCCUGUGGAUGCUGGCCAAGGAGGGCCGGCUGUGCCCCAACCCUCCCAAGCACUUCAUGGGGAAGGCGCAGAAGUACGUGCUGCUGGGCGAUGCCACCUACCCGCUGCAGGACUGGAUCCUCAAGCCCUACCAGGAGGACGAGAAGCUCACGCAGCGCCAGCUGCAGUUCAACUACCGCCUGAGGCGGGCGCACAGCGUCAUCGAGAACGCCUUCCUGCGCCUCAAGGCGCGCUGGCAGAUCCUCCUCAAGUGCGACGACUGCAGCCUGGAGCUGCUGCCCACCCUGGUGCUGGCCUGCUGCAUCCUGCACAACGUCUGCGAGGCCCACGACAACCCCUUCAACGAGGAGUGGCUGGAGGGGGCUGAGCCCACCGAGCUGCCCAAGCCCUGCCAGCCCGCGCCGGCUGCCAUGGAGGACACCCGGGCCGAGCAAGUGCGGGAGCUGAUGUGCCAGUACUUCGAGAGCUGCGGGGAGGGCUGAUGGGGCUGCCCUGCACAUUCCCUGCACAGCCCUGCUCCUAGACUCUGGCAAACAUUGGCCCGGCGGUGCCAGGACUGCAGCCCGACCAGCUGCACCAUCCGGACCCAGGGCGGGCGGGGGUGGCCAUGUCGUGCUUGUGCCGGGUUUGCUGUGCAGGUUUCAAGCAGUGGAAUGUAUUUUGUGCCCUUGCUCUCUCUGCCAGGAUCUGAGUGGUGUGGUGUGUGCUGUGGGAGCAAAAGUGGGGGUCGUGGCUGAGUGGAUGGGGGAAUGGGGGAUCUCCCUCUCCUCUGUCCCG